AUGACCUCCCCAUCUUCUCCAGCCGCCUCCGACCACUCGUCUUCCAACUCGGUGUCGACGGGCCCUCCACAAACACCAGUCAUUCCAGGCCUCCCUCUCGAAACCCCUCUUUCUGCCAAAGCUCAACCUGACAGCAACAAUGCUGGAGGCGUGAAGCGUACCUCCAAGCCCAGCCGUCGCGCCAACACAGCUGAACGUCGGGCAACUCACAAUGCUGUUGAGCGCCAGCGCAGAGAGACCCUUAAUGGCCGUUUCCUCGACCUUGCUGGGAUGCUUCCCAACUUAUCACAAAUUCGGCGUCCCUCAAAGUCCGCUAUUGUCAAUUCGAGCAUUGCCCACAUCAAUGCCUCCCGCCGUCACCGACUCCUUGCCGCCCAGCAACUGCGUCUACUUAAGACCGAAUCUGAUGCGCUCCGUCACGAAGUCAACGAGUGGCGUUUGCGUGCCGGCAUUCCAGGUGUCGAGGAGCCUCGGCGGGCUGAUGGAUUUUCUGUCGUUCUUAGCGGCGAGCUCGAAUUCGAGCCUAGCGACAUGCUUGACGGUAGCGAAGAAGGCGACGAAGAAGAAUUUGGCGCACAGUAUCACCAGCAGUCGCAGCAAGGUUACCCAGACGAGUCAGAUGAAUAUCUUCAUCAACAAAGACUUGCGCAGCAGCAACAAGUUGCGCAACAACCUCUGACAAUCUCGAUUGGGCAACGCACCGAGUCACCCCCUCAUUAUGCGACGUCUUCCCCCAUGAUCGCUAGUCCAACCGCGCCGGUGUUCGAUCCUGCUAUGGCAUAUGACCACCAUGCCCGUCACCUCCACCACCACCAGUUGAUGCUUGCCCAGCAAGAGGAAAACGAAAAGUGGGCCUCAUAUCACCACCAACAACAGCAAUUCGCUCGUCAUCCCCAGACGCAGGCUUGGUGA